CAAAAUGUAUCAGAUAAUCUUUCAAGCACUGCCUUCAUGCUUCUUGCUUCAGCAUUCCCACCGCAAAAUAAGCAAGAAAUGACUACCCCGCAAGGACAAGCUUUUAUGAUAGGAGAGGGAAUGCGAGAUUCAUUUGAAAGAGAAGUCUGUGCCAAUCAGAAUGAUCCUGGGUUUGCUGGUUCUUCUCGAAGUGCAAUGUCCAUAUGUAGGUCAAGCUUAGAUGAAUUAUCUUUUGUAGAUGGUAUACAUACAUCAGAAUAUUUGCCUACAUCAUAUAGCCACUUACCUCACGUGGGGGACUGCAUAAAUGAGAGAUUGGAUGGAACUCAAGAGGAAAACAAUAUAGCUGAGGAUACUUAUGGAAGUCAUGUUACAGUCACUUCUUGCAGCUCGGAAGUGAGAAUCUCCACUGAGAGUGGUGACUGCAUAAAUAAGAGAUUAGAUGGAACUCGAGAGGAUACUUGUGGAAGUCAGGUUACAGUCACUUCUUGCAGCUCAGAAGUGAUAAUCUCCACUAAGUGUGGUGACUGUAUAAAUGAGAGAUUGGAUGGAACUCGAGAGGAAAAAAUUAGAGCUGAGGAUACUUGUGGAAGUCAUGUUACAGUCGCUUUGUGCAGCUCAGAAGUGAUAAUCUCAGCUAACAGUGGUGACUGCAUAAAUGAGGAUACUUGUGGAAGUCAGUUUAUAGCCACUUCUUGCAGUUCAGAAGUGAUAAUCUCUGCUAACAGUGGUGACUGCAUUAAUGAGAGAUUGGAUGGAACUCGAGAGGAUGCUUGUGGAAGUCAGGUUACAGUCACUUCAUGCAGCUCAGGAGUGAUAAUCUCCACUAACAGUGGUGACUACAUUAAUGAGAUCGGAUGGAACUCGAGAGGAGAAAAUUAUAGCUGAGCAUACUUGUGGAAGUCAGGUUACAGCCACUUCUUGCAGUUCAGAAGUGAUAAUCUCCACUAACAGUGGUGACUACAUUAAUGAGAUCGGAUGGAACUCGAGAGGAGAAAAUUAUAGCUGAGCAUACUUGUGGAAGUCAGGUUACAGCCACUUCUUGCAGUUCAGAAGUGAUAAUCACCGCUAAGAGUGGUGAUUUAGGAAAUGAAGCGGUCAAUUUGCCCAAGACAAUAUCGAGAAAGAAAGAUGAAUUCCCAAAA